GUAAACAAAUUUUCUCAUGCGCGUUUCUGCAACAUCUGUUUCCUUGUAAAUAAAAAUAUGGAUACAAUUAAUGUGGCGAAAUAUUUACUAGUUUUGGAAAGUUUAAAAUUAGCAGAAGAUGACGCUGAGUUGGAUAAAAGAAAGCAAGCGAGCAGAUCCAAACAGCUUUUGGAACACAACCUUGAGGUAUUGCGAAAAUUCACACCAAACAACAACAAUGUCUUGAUUGACAAAACAGUGAGUACAUUAAAUGCUUCAUGGUUGGAAAAUGAACUACUCUUACACCCAAUAAGAGUCACUAGCGAUGAUAAAGCUCUUUGUUAUGUUGUUUAUAUGCAUUACAUACUGCUGGAAAUCAUGAAUAACAUUAACUUCAAUAGUGAAGCUAAAGAAGAUCUGCUAUCAACGCGUCACAUCAGCCUCUGUAUUGAAGCAGUGCAGGAUUUGGCCAAUUAUGCACUCCACGGUCAAUUACAUACUACAUUUUAUGAAACCAAUGUUUUUAAAUGUGAAAACGCUAAAGAGAAUAGUGGCUCCAAUUACCAAUUGCUCUUAGUAUCCAUAGAGGUAUUUGAGCAUUUUUUAAAAAUAAAGCAACUGCAUUUGGCUAACGCUAUGGAGGCGGUUAUGCGCGAUUAUAUGGCAGCCAUAUUUAGUUUACGUUUGGCACAUGCGACGCAAGAUUGUUCUUUACAGGACCAAACACUGAAGGUGUUACAAAAUAAACUAAACCACAUUUGGUUGUAUGUGUCUAAAGUAGAAUAUUUGAGAAAUAUUAUGUUGCUAAAAAGUAUACCACAUGCGCCUGCGGACUUGCAAAGACAGUUACAUCAGGAAUUAAUACAAAAAUUGUUAUCGAAAGAUGGUUUCACUACGUUAGUGGCUACCUUGCAUACAGCACAGGGUGCAGAGUCUAGAGGAAUGGGUGUGAAUAGAGCGCCCUUGAGCGAUAAACAAAUUUUCGAGAUUAUCGCCAACAUUGUCGCCUUCCGUGGACAUACACAGCGUGCGCAAAGCACACUGAUAAGACAGAUUUUUAAGUUUCUUGAUAUUUGUUUAUUAAACCAAAGUGCUAUGAUAGAUUGUAUGGGCGCUGGUUUGUUAUCACUGCGGCGACUUUACGACUUAAGUUCGGUAAAUAAGACACAGAUAAGUGAGUUGAUUGCCAACAACUUUGCUAAUUUUAGUAAACCGACAGACGUGCUAAGCGGUUUGAUUGUGUUGGAACAUAAGGAACUUUCUCUGCUGAUUGCCGUACAAUAUCAGCUCUUCUGUAGCUCAACAGUUGAAUGUUUACCUAGUGAAUUAUUGAUACCUUAUCUUCCGCUCUUGCUGCAAAUGUACCAUAAUAUGCCAGAGGGAUUUUUACAAAAGAAACAACUAGCAAGUAUUAUAACGCGUUGUCUACACAAUCGUACACUCGUUGAGCUACAACAAAUCAUCACAAAAUUAUAUAAGCAAACAUUCGAUAAUGACUGGCAACAAUUGCAUCCACGCGUAGUAAUCUACCCAAAUGUAGAGCAAACACAGUUGACGGUGAAAAUAGCAAGUAGUGAGACAAAGCAAGAUUUAAGUCCCUCUCUAGCUCUGCCAGAACUUUUAAUGAAUGCUGAUCAUCACCUACUCACAUACAGAGUAUUUAUGAUACUUUUAGAACAAAUGUCCAACAUUUUGGAUGAUGAUACAGUUGGGCAACAUGAAGCCCAGAUUGAGUUACUACAAACCGAAGAUGAGUUAAUUACUUUUCUCAAUUCGAAAUACCCCGUUAAAGUAGAGAUUUUACUCUCACUCAAUACGCUGAUCGCACAUCAACCACUUAAAUCACAAAUCACUGAAAAUACAACUGAUUUUUUACGUUUCCUACGCACACUACUGCAAAAGCGUUUGAAUAAACGAAACAUAACCAGCUGUAAUGAUCAACAAACGGAAGCAAUGGAUCAAACUCUACACAUUUUGUUGACCCUCACACAAGAGCUAUUAGAACAAACACAAAUGCCCGAAACUUAUCGUGAUCUUGUGCCUGCGCUACAACAACUGCAUGGUCAAACACCUAAUCAACUAAUUAAAGCGCGUAUAAAUUGCCUACUUACACUGUUAAAUGGAGAAUUCAAAACAAAUGCUGCACAACAAGCGAGCGUUUUUAAUGCGGCGCGUACUCUAAUUGAAUCAGCCGAGUCCCACUUACAGGUUUAUGGCAUACAAAUGUUACUCGACCUGUUGCGUAAGCGUGACAGUGUAACGCUAGCUAAUGCUCACCUGUUGAUUGCGCUUGCACUGAGUACGCUGAAGAAUAAAGAAUCUUAUACGUUUUUGAAUUGCGUGCGUUUAUUUGUCGGCUUAGUACAUGUAAUGGAAGCGGAAGUGCUGGAAACGUUGGCCGAUGAGUAUCUUAGCGAUCAAGCGCAAAUGGACUAUCGUUUGGUGGUGGGUGAGGCUAUGCUGAAAGUGAGCCACGAGUUGGGACCCCUGUGCUAUAAAUAUAAGGAUACUCUACUCAAUUGCUUCAUGCAUGGCGCACGCAGUCCGUUAAAUGAAUUUCGCAUGUCCUCUUUUGCAAACCUCGCACAAUUGACACGCAUUCUCUGUUAUCAAGUGCACAAAUUUUUCCAGGAAUUACUAGAUCUGAUUGAUUGUGAGCUUAGCACUGGGAAAUAUCUGCCUGCCAAGCGGGCAGCUACUUUAGUUCUAAGCGAACUUUUAGAAGGUAUUGAUAAUUUAGUGGACUUUGAGGACAUGCUAUUACCUAUAUAUCGCGUACUCAAAGUAAUCGAAGCUGAUGAAAAUACUGAUUCAAGGAUGCGUCAACAUGCUGCUAACGGUUUGAAAGCGCUAACAGAGAAAUGCAAAAAAUUCCUUUUUCCCGAAAUGCAAUUGCAAAAAGAGAUACGCAUAUUCGGCAUAAAUGAGGCGAGCAACAAGAGUGGCAAUGCAAAAGGACAUAUUUUAGAACUAAACUAGUUUAUCUGCAAUCAUCUUAGCAAUAGCUAAACUGCUGGUCGCGCCAGGAGAUGGGGCGUUGCGACAAUGCAACACCUGCUUAGCUAAUGG